AGAAUUUUGGACCUUAGAUUUUUGUCUGGUUAAGGUUGUUCAAACUUCACGGUACUUCGAAUCCAACGUUUUCCCCGCACUUUCCUUGCACACAAAAUCUUUCCUUCUCUUGAAGACGUUCCUGCUUAAGAUUCAGUUCCUUCACUCCAUUAAUCUCUGACUAGAUACGACAAUCUCCAAUUUUAUAGCACACCCAACUGCGCUUUCUUGGUUUUCCUUAGUGGGUAUCUCCGAUUUUCUUGAAUUACGACUUGGCAGAUUGAAUUCUGGAUAGCUGUGAUCUGGGUAUAUUUCUUGGAAGCUCAAUUUUUAACGAUUAGCUUGUGUGUGAGUGAAAGAGAGGAUGGUGGUAGCUUUAUCCGUUGUGGGUUCGUCUGUGGUUGACUCGCAUACUAGCCCUUGUUUGUGUUUGGAUGCACUGCCUUCAGCUAUUAUGAACGUCAAGAGUGGUGGAGAUUUGGUUUGUCUUAGAAAUUCAAUGACCAGGAAGCAAUUUCGGAAACCGGUGUCCGUGGAGUUGAGCAGUUCAUUCAUUGGUUCCAGGCGUGAGUUGAGGGUCUCGAGGAAAGCGCUUUCGAGUAUCGUUAAUCGGAGUUCGAGGAAGCACCGGAAGGGUCGGAAAUUGGUGAUCGUCAACGAGUUCGCCGGCCAGUACGAAGAAAAUUUUGAGGAUGUUAAAACGCAAAUCCUCAACUAUUUCACAUACAAGGCUGUGAGGACUGUUCUUAACCAGCUGUAUGAGAUGAAUCCAACGCAAUAUAGGUGGUUUUACGAUUUUGUUGCAACAAAUCAGCCCGGUGAUGGAAAACGUUUCGUCCGUACACUUGUAAAGUUUUCUAAUGACAGGAGAGGCAAGAGCUUGCUGAGAGAGUCAUGGUAACCCGGCUUCACCUAUAUGGUAAAUGGAUCAAGAAAUGUAAUCAUGCUGAAAUAUACCAAGAGAUCUCGGAUGAAAACUUGGAGUUGAUGCGUGAACGUCUCAUACAGACUGUGAUAUGGCCCUCGGACGACACAAGCACAGAGAAGAUUGGCUGAAAACUUGCAACUGCAUAUACCUUGUUUUUUCUUAUCUUCCCUCUAUUGUCUCUAGCCUAGAUGUAAUUUCUCUAUUGUCAAGGUCCCAUGAAUCUCAUGUAUAUCAUUUUACAAGGAACUAAUAAAAUGCCACAUUCGGUGGUUUGCAUA